GUCAAAAAAACGUCACUCCGUCGUAUGAGCAGUAAUCUUUUAUUAAGAUUUGUGUUGUUUUGAUUCAAAUUAAAGAUAAAAUGAUCGAAAUAACUUGCAACGAUCGUCUAGGGAAGAAAGUAAGGGUUAAAUGUAACCCCGACGAUACAGUGGGCGAUUUGAAGAAGCUCAUAGCCGCACAAACUGGUACACGAUGGGAUAAAAUUGUCUUGAAAAAAUGGUACACAACAUUCAAAGACCACAUCCAAUUGCAGGAUUAUGAAAUUCACGAUGGAAUGAACAUAGAAUUAUAUUACCAAUAAGACGAACGAAGUUGAAACCUUUAUAAUUAAGUUAAUUUGUAUGUAUUGUGACAUUAUUUUACGAAUAAAAGUUGUAUGCUGUACAAUAGCAAGUUUGAAUUAUAGGA